CAACUUUAUUAUGAUUGUAUGUUAUUUAGUCGAAUCGGUUUUGCUUUAUGCUGUUAUUAAUAUUAACUACUAUUAACCAGAUAAGUUUUCUCAUUGCGUCGCCUUUGCACUUCACGUGCUAAUCACGUGAUUCAGUAGAAGUCGGCAAGUCAAGAUCUGAUAAAUUGUAUUGGUCCUCACAUUUUAUUCUAUAUUCUUUUUCUAUUUUUUUUUAAUUUUGCGCGGUAAUGGAUUCUUUUGUCGCGGCCACGGGAGGAGGACCACCGAUUUUCCGGCGGGAUCCGGAUUCAAGCGCCUUCAAGUUAUAACGCAGGAAGCAGUUUGUCUCUCUACUGAGAAACUGCAAAGACAUCCGUCAAGUCUCGUUGGUCCACGCAAGGAUCAUUCGGACCUUCCUUGAACGCCACGAUGCUUUCCUUGUCUUCGAGCUUAUUCGUGUCUGUUCUAGACUCGGUUCUGUGGAUUAUGCUUGCAAGGUCUUCGAUUACGUCUAUAACCCUAAUGUUUACCUUUACACCGCCAUGAUCGACGGCUUGAUGUCGUGUGGUCGUUGCGCCGAUGGAGUUUCCUUGUACUAUCGGUUGAUGAGCGGUUAGGUGUUGCCCGAUAACUACGUGAUCACAUCGGUUCUGAAAGCUUGUGGUUUGAAGGAAUGCAAAGAGAUUCAUGGCCAGGUUUUGAAGCUUGGGUUUGGGUCCGACAGAUCGGUAAGGAUGAAACUGAUGGAGGUCUAUGGGAAAUCCGGGCAUUUGGAAAGCGCAAGGAAGUUGUUCGAUCAAAUUCCUGAGAGAGAUGAGGUCGCGACGACAGUGAUGAUGAACUGUUAUUCUGAACACGGUUCUGUAAAGGAAGCAGAAGGGCUGUUUGAAAGUGUUAGGACUAAAGACACGGUAUGUUGGACCGCCAUGAUUGACGGAUUGGUCAGAAACGGAGAGAUGAACAAGGCGUUGGAGCUUUUCAGGAAAAUGCAGAAGGAAAGUGUUCGGCCCAACGAAGUCACUGUUGUCUGCGUCUUAUCUGCGUGCUCGGAUUUGGGAGCUUUGGAGCUCGGGCAAUGGGUUCACUCAUUUGUCACGAACCAAAAUAUGGAGCUUAGUGGUUUCGUGGGUAAUGCUUUGAUCAAUAUGUACUCUAGGUGUGGCGAAAUCUCCGAGGCAAAGCGGUACAGGGAUAUGAGAGAAAAGGACGUUGUUUCGUAUAACAUGAUGAUCUCUGGGUUUGCAAUGCAUGGAAUGAGCACUGAAGCCAUUCAGACAUUCCGUGAAAUGGUGAACAGAGGGAUUCUUAGGCCAAAUCAGGUGACUUUUGUUUCUGUUUUGAACGCUUGUAGCCAUGGAGGCUUAUUGGAACUAGGGUUUGAGAUUUUCAAUUCUAUGAGUAGGGUUUUCGGGGUUGAACCACAGAUCGAGCAUUAUGGGUGUAUGGUUGACCUUCUUGGUCGUGUCGGGCGAGUAGAGGAAGCAUAUGGCUUUGUGGAAAAUAUGCCAAUUGAAGCAGAUCAUAUCAUGCUAGGAGCUUUGCUGAGUGCUUGUAAGAUCCAUGAAAACAUUCAUUUGGGACAGAAAGUGGCACAGAGAUUGCUUGAGUUUGAGAAUUCUGAUUCAGCAACAUACGUUCUCUUGUCGAAUAUCUAUGCAUCGACCGGGAAAUGGAAAGAAAGUGCUGAAAUUAGGGCAAGGAUGAAAAAUUUGGGGAUUCAGAAGGAGCCCGGUUGCAGCACCAUCCAAGUGAACAAUGAGUUCCAUGAAUUCCUUCUGGGCGAUAUAACUCACCCUGAAAAAGAAGCAAUCUAUCAGAGAUUACAAGAACUUAAUCAAAUGUUGCGGCUUCAAGGGUACGACGGACCAGGGAGCUACGAUGUUCUGCAAGAUGGAAAUGAUUCGUAGGAAGACAUAUAAUAUACAGUUGCUCAGCACGACAUGAAAGAUUAUGAACGAUGGGACUCCGAACAAUAUGAGUUUCAUCAGACCAAAUCAGAGACGAACUCACAACAGUUCCAUCCUUCAAAACUUUCCCUGAAAUCGUCACAACAAACGAUUUCUUCUCCCCCAAGAAACCAAAGCUCAGAACUCUCGGCUCAACAUCGAUCAUAGUCUCCGAUUGAGGAGGAAUUAUCCUCGCAUUAUACGUAGAGUUUGCGAAUCCAACGUUCGUCACAGCUCUUCUGAACGUUAUCCUGAAAGGAAUUAUGGCCGUGAAAAAGGCCGUCAUUGCUGAGUAGUUCAGAUCUUUGAAUUCUGUUCUGUUAGAAUUGGUUGGACAAAUGAUGUCCUGCCUGGAUGUCCUGAGAAACUUUGAGUUAUAGCCCUCACAUAGUGUAUUGAUGUAAUUUUCAGAGUGACUUUCAUCGAUCGCUCUCGCCGGGUUUAUGUCACCUGAAUCAUACACAAGUACAACACCCACAUCAAGACAAGAUUUGAUUGCAGAGGGAGACCAAGUAGGGUGAAAAGAUUUGACAUAAACAUGAGGGCAUGCCAUGGAGGUACCACUCAGCAAUGGAAGAAUAACCGGCCAAUAUCACAAAACCGGUGCGCUUAUAUCAGGCUUUGAAUCCAAAAAAUUCCGAAUGCAAUGCCAGAAAUGGUGGUGGCAAGAACACGGUGCACAUUCGUGUUUCGUGUCGGAUGGAAUUACCUUCAAAAGGUCCCGAAUCAGUCCCCGAGAGGAGAACGUAUACGCACCUGGGAUCACAAGAACUGUUAUCGAAUAUGAUGAGAUACACGAGAUUUGAUUGGAUCUUUUCACAUUUUUUAUCAGGGGUUCGGAGAAGUGCUUGGAGAUAGAGAUCAUGGAGGAACUCACCCAGAAUGAAACUCGGUACAUCUUCUUGAAACGUUCUUGCCAUACACGAUCAGGAAUUUGGUUCCGUUUAGGUUGAACGGGCUAAAUGAGAUUACAGUUUCGAACAAGUUGAACAACUAAUAUCAAAGGGAGAUAAUAGAAGAUAUCCAUGGGCCAAAGGUCUCUUACACCGUCAACGUCUUCUCGUUUCCGAGAAUGACUUUACCGACGAAACGACGGUCCAUGACGCUCACGGCUGUGGUUAUAAUCCACGAGGAAACAUUAGACACAGUUCCUUGAACUGGCCCUCCAUUUCCUGCAGAGCCAGUUGGGAUAAUCCCUUUCAACAUGACGUGGAAAGAACCAAUGAAAAAUCGAGUCGGUCAUGAAAUCGGAGACCAAGCUCGAGGAAAUCAAGAUGGAUAUAACAUUGACUCCAUCAGAGAUUGCAUCGUCAAAGGCUGCCAAGAUGUCUGCAUCAUUUCAGCUCGUGCCUUUUAUGGUGUUUCCCGGGGCAGUGGACGCGGUGUGGCCCUGACCGUCUCUUGCAGGCAAAGUUUUGAGUCUGAUGAGGCAUAGAAUCUAGCUCCAAUGAGUUUGCUGUGGUAAAGAGGAAGAUAACCAAAACCUUCCUUAUAUUAUAUGAUACAUAACAGAACUGAUUGCAGUAAAACUAUGGAAAAAAAAAACCCGAAUUUCGGAUACCCGAACCAAAUAUUAUAUGUGA